AUGGGAGAGACCUGUGGGACCACCUCGGACUAUCUACGCUCGGACUAUCUGCGCUCGGACCAUCUGCGCUCGGACCAUCUGCGCUCGGACCAUCUGCGCUCGGACCAUCUGCGCUCGGACCAUCUGCGCUCGGACCAUCUGCGCUCGGACCAUCUGCGCUCGGACCAUCUGCGCUCGGACCAUCUGCGCUCGGACCAUCUGCGCUCGGACCAUCUGCGCUCGGACCAUCUGCGCUCGGACCAUCUGCGCUCGGACCAUCUGCGCUCGGACCAUCUGCGCUCGGACCAUCUGCGCUCGGACCAUCUGCGCUCGGACCAUCUGCGCUCGGACCAUCUGCGCUCGGACCACAUUCGGACGCGGAACUAA